AUGAUAUCUUCAUUCCUAUCGCUUCGCACGUCGAAAACUUUUUGGACCAAUUGGUAUACGAACAAUUAUGUCUGUUAUCAAUUGAUCGAGGAGCAUGUGGAGGACGACAAACAAGAUAUGCCUAUAACAGACAAACUAUUUGAGUUCUUCAUUCAAAAUGCAAUCUUUUUUCAGAAUCAAUGCGUGCCAUUCGAGUACACUGGCUGUGGAGGAAAUCUGAACAAUUUCGUUUCGAUGGCCGAUUGUAUGUCGACUUGUGGAAACGUUGGGUUCCGAUAA